CCUGAAUGCAACCCCAUUUCAAGGACGCCAUUGCCUCUUGUACUAAACUGUAACGAAGUACAUUAUUUCAACCACAAAAAGUGUCAUCUGCGGUGUGUAUAUAUUCAAAGUUGAGACGAUUAGCAAUGGUAGCUUUCUUAAGCAGUCGCUCAACCGUGAAUUGUCGACCCAACUUACGCCUGUUUAAAAAGCAAAUAUUGUAAAGAGCAGAACCGAGUAGUGUGGAAGAGGCCGGUUUUUCAGACUGCAGAAAUGUAACUUCCUAGUUCGUUUCCAAGUUUCGGAUUGUUAAAGGAUCACACAAUGGAUGGAACAUUUGGCCACCGUCGGCUUCUCUGUGGCCUCUUGGCCCUGCCAGGUGUGUCUGCUCUGGAUGUUGGCGUGGACGGCAUCAUUGGGUCAACCAUUGCAGCAGGCUUUAUGCUGGUGGCUAUUGUUAUUGUGUCCGCCAUGCUGUGUUACAAAUACUCGGCACCGAGAGAACCUCCAAAACCGCGGUACCGGAAACCAUUGCCUAAACCAAAAUAUGAUAUGAACGGAAAUGCGCCGAAUGGCAUUCCAAUGCAGACAAUGGUACCGAAUGGAAUUAUGGGAACUCCUCAUGGAACACAAAGGAGCACCCGCAGCAAACAUAUUGGUAGCCACCGAGGAGCUCCGGGUCCUCUGAGGUUUUCCGUGGCUCCUCCAGGUCUUUAUAGGUCCAUGAUGGCGCCUUAUUUUAUGCAGCCUCCAUAUCAGCAAAUAAUUUACAUCGACGAAUCAGACGAUGACGAGAAUUCGGUGCGCUCCACCAUGCGAGAACACAAAAAUAGAUACAGGAGGUCCUAUUUCUCUACCAGUAAAGACCCAUCGUCCAAAAUAGAGAUAAAAGGAGGAAGAGAGCAAACGCACGAUAGUUGUAUAUCUAGGACAUCAAGUUCUAGCACCGCAAGCUCUGUGGCUUGGUCUGUUCGAGAUCAUUCUAGGAAAGACAAAUACAAACCUAGGAUUUCAAACGGAGAAAUCAAGAGAGACCCCGAACAUCGCUCGAGGUCUAGCUCAAACGCUAGUUACCCCAGACCCCAGUGGGAAGUAGAAAGUACAGAAGAGCAGAUAAAAUUUUCUGACGAAGAAGCUGGAAAAAAUUCACCGAAGAGAAACCGGAGAUCGAAAUCUCCAGAAAAGCACAGUUCACCGAGACCAAGAUCGCAAUCUCCGGAGAACGCAGUACCUCUGAGGAAAUCUACAAAACUUGACACGUCUACAAGGAUGUCCAACACAUCCAAUGACGUCAGACAGAUCGACGACAUCUUCAGUGGUGUGCACGCGGAACCAACUGCAGGAGACAUCAUUUAUAGAGAAGUUGAUAAUUCGCCCAAGCAGACGACACCGAGAAAAUCCUUUCGGGAGGAAGAGAGAAAGGAAGUAGAGGAACCAUCCACUAGUGAAUACGCUAUGGUUAUUAAACCAAGUCAAAGAAUACGUGAAAGCACUAGGUCAUCAGAAGGCGAUGAAAGUGCGAUGUAUGCUUCCGUCAUCAAACCGACGACGUCCGUGGGUUACAAUGGAGGCAGAGAUAAUCCUCUUCGACAGUCCAUGUCUAAUCAAUUAGAGGACAUCAUUCAAAGCAGACAUGACGGUAAACCAACAGAAUUUGACAGGAGUUAUAAUGAGGAAGAAGAUGACGAAACAGAAGUUAAAGAAAUUCCACAAUAUCCUAGAAAAACUUACAGUCUUUCCCAAUCAGAGAGGCGUGACAUCUCUUCACAAAAGGACAGAUUGGGCUUUUCACCUUUGUCGAAGACCACCAGGGAUUACAGGGGCGAACAAGACGAUUUCGCAUUUGAUCGUGAUUAUCCAAGAGAAGAUCGACCAGUAACGCCACCAGUAGAUAUUCCAAGUGAACCAGUGUCUCCAAGGGAAUCCUUCAACAGGCCUGACAGGUCCUCGGUGUACCCAAAGCGUCCGGAGACGCCUCCAUUUGACGCAGUCGAGACGCCUCGUGUAUCAACAACGGAGCGACCUCCGACACCUCCAUUUGACGCCGAAACAGACAGAUCGACUAAGGAGAAAAAAUCCCCUUUGUUUCCUCCGACAGAAUCGAGAGGCCCACCAGAUAUGAAAACAGCAUUUUCAAAUCAGGUUCUACGCGAGUUGCAGCAGAGACAUAGAGGAGCUUCGAUAGAUGCAGACGAUGAUGACGACGAUGGGAGUAACUCGCGAGCCGUAAACUUCUCAGCAGCGCCACCGGAAAUCAUUCCGCGGUCAGAACCAAAUAGUCCACGUACGUCUAUGAAUAUUCCGCAAACCGGAGCACCUCCUCCCCCGCCACCACCACCCCCACCCCCGCCUCCCCCUCCCCCAAUGCACUAGUAAUACUAAGAAGACACGGAAUGAAAGACAUUAUAGUAUGAAUAAUCAUAAAUUUAUAAUUAAUUAAGUUUUUACAAAGUACUGGUAUUUUUACGUGAUUCCCAAAUGAAGAAAUGUACAUGUACUAUAGUUUUCAUCAUCUGCUUGACCAUCAUGACAAAACAUUACCAUUAUAGUCGGGACUUGUGACGCUUAAUAUUGAAGUUUGAAAGUGCUUUCUAGUGCUUGAAAUCUAGAAAAUAAAGCUCAACUAUUGCAAUACUGCAUAGAAUAAAAAAAAAUCAUUUUGUAACUAAAGCGUGACAUUGUAUUAGUUACUUAUUUGCUCAAAUGUAAUUUUAACUUCUUUAGUUCAAAGAAUCGAUAAGAUUUGAAGUAUUUCGUGUAUUAUUUAAAUAGUGAGGUGUAACCUAUCAAUUUAAAAUGUUUUGCAUUUAUAUGUUAUUUUAGAAACAUGUUUUAUGUACAAGUGAUUUUGGUUUUACUUGACAAUAGUUUUAUUUACUUU